CUACUUUCAACUGCUUGCACCCACUCUUUAACUAAUUAAUUCAACUCCCAAAACUCACACACAAAAACAAAAUAUGAGGGUCACUGACCUCUCCACUGCUCUCAUAAUAAUCUUCGUGGUAUUCGUCGUCUCUCUCGCCGCUCAAUUACUCUGCGUAAACUGGCGCGGUCGUUCCUUCCGCCGUCACACCUCCCAUCCUCCUCCUGUAAUUCGCAGCGGCAACCAAUCCCCUGAUUUUUCCGCCGAUGACGCUGCAACCAAGGAGCUACUCUACUUCUUCUGCUUGAAACCCCAUAUCCGCCAUGAUCUAUCGCCCAACAAGAAUACAGCUGGAUCAUUGCCGGACGAUCAGGUGGUUGACGUUUUUAAGCUGUUAGAAGCAAAUGGACCGGCCAAGUUUCUUUGUACGAUUAAAGAGGAAGRCAAAGACGAUGUCSAGUCAACUUCUGACGUUGACUUUCCAAACAAACCGGCUACAAAGGAUGUGUGCUUGCCGUCGUGUCUUCAGUUAGCGGAAGAACCCGUGGCGGAAGAGGAGGAGGAGGAGGAGGAGGUUGCUGUGACGGUCGACCGAGGAGACGCAGAUAUGAACACGGAAUUCUCGACGCCGUGUGACUCACCGUCGUUUUUUACACCUGCAGGAUCUCCGUCACGAGAUUUUAUGGAAACGAAGUUUGCUGUUCCCGUUCAUAUAACUGGGAACAUUGAUGACAGAUGAUUGGCGGCAUAUAUAGUUGCAAACGUCUUGUGCUGUUGACUUCUUUCUUAUGUAUCUUUAAAGCUUGGCUAUUUGGCUUUGCUGAUAAUGUUUUGAGACUCACCGGAGAAGAUGCUCCAGGCUCCGGCAGCCGGCGUCUUGUAUACAAACCCUUUAUAAUCAGUU